AUGGCGGCGCAGUGCGUGCUGCGGUUGUUUGUCUUGCAGGUUAUACAAAGGAUAUUCUACACAGUCAAUCGAUCCUGGUCUGGGAAGAUCACCCUAACAGAGCUGAGGAAAAGCAACUUCUUGCAAACUCUUGCUCUCUUGGAAGAAGAGGAUGACAUAAAUCAGAUCACAGAUUAUUUCUCCUAUGAGCACUUCUAUGUUAUAUACUGUAAAUUCUGGGAGCUGGACACUGACCAUGACCUUUAUAUCAGCCAGAAGGACCUGGCUAGGUACAGUGAUCAAGCUCUAUCAAGCAGGAUUAUUGAGCGAAUAUUCAGCGGUGCUGUGGUGAGAGGAAAUGAAGUUCAGAAGGAAGGCCGCAUGAGUUAUGCUGAUUUUGUGUGGCUGCUGAUUUCAGAGGAAGACAAAAGAAAUGCUACAAGCAUUGAAUACUGGUUUCGCUGCAUGGACCUGGAUGGGGAUGGGGUGCUCUCCAUGUAUGAACUGGAAUACUUUUAUGAGGAGCAGUGCGAACGGAUGGAAGUGAUGGGCAUAGAACCACUGCCAUUUCAGGACUUGCUGUGUCAGAUGCUCGAUCUUGUUAAGCCAGAGAGAGAAGGACGAGUAACCCUGCGAGACUUGAAGAGAUGCAGAAUGGCUCAUGUGUUCUAUAACACAUUCUUCAAUUUAGAGAAAUACCUGGACAAUGAACAGAGAGAUCCCUUUGCAGUGCAAAAGGACUUCGAAAAUGAUGGCCCUGAACCUUCUGACUGGGACAGGUAUGCUGCUGAAGAGUACGAGAUCCUUGUGGCUGAGGAGUCUGGGAACGAACAGCUCCAAGAAGGAUCAUUUGAAGAAGACUAUGAGACAGAUGAAGUCUUAUCUCCCUCUGAAACUGGAGACAUCAAACUAGUUAUCUCAGAUCUCUCAGCAUAGAGAAAUGGAAGAUGUGUAAUCAGUGUCUGUCAAACUGGAUAGCAGUCAGUCCCAAGAUUCUUAGGGACAGUUAGGGAUUUUUCUUAAGUCUGUCAUUGCAGCAAUGUGUUUUAUUUUGUACACUGUAACUUGAAACCCCCUUUUUUUUUCCUUCUUGUGUAACUGCAAUAAGAUAAUUUCUUUAAAAUAGCUUUCUACAACGUGUUACUGUGCACGCUCAUUAAAAAUGGUGAUUGCACCUUGUUUCCUUUAUAUCUUUUCAUAUAAAUGUCCCCAGAUGUGCAAUAAAUGCCAGCAUCUAAUGACAUACAGCUGCAUGCAACAUCUCAGCGGUCAUUGGUCCAUUGGUUCAGUCCUGUGCCAUUAUGACUCUUUGACUUUACAACAGGAGUGAUAGAAGUUGCCAAAUUAAUUUAUACAUAUUUGUCUAGAAAUCAUUUAAAACACAAAUCACAGUGCAGUUCUUGGUUUUGCUGGUGUCCUGAAUACCAAGGCAACAUGGCUGCAGCUAGGGAGAAUGAGGUCCCCUUUUGUGAUAUAAAGCUCUUGUAGAUGAUACCAAACAAAUUGUAUGCAUAUGUGAACAGUUAAAAUGAUGUCACGUUUCUCUUAGAAUUUAUGACACGAUUAAUAUUUCUGCAUAUUCUCUUGUGUGUGAGAGGAUCUCCUGUUUGAAUACCAGUCAGGAUAGUGGUUUUUUUUCUCUGUAGAAGGGUUUUCUAGUAUAUUUACAAGAGAUGCAUGCACUGUUCAGCCGGUGUGCUGGAACUGCUGUGUUCUGUGUGCUUCAGUUCUGUUUCUUUCCUGUGCUCUUCCUUUCUCUUGUACUGCUAUCCUGCAGCCUUCUGGAGGGUUCUAAGCUGAUAUCAUGAAAAUACCUGCCUUACCCAUGUGUGGUAAAUUUCUAUUAACAGAGGGAUUCUUUACCUGGUAAAGAAAACCUCCAAAUAUUACUGAUUUUUUUUUUUCCCCACCCAUGAAACAGACCAAGAUUCAGAGAGAAAGCAGUGUAACUGAUGAAUUCUUGCUGUAAGUGCAAAAAUGAACUGAGUUUCCCCAUGGAAUCACAACUGAUGUAGAAAGAUAGAACCCAUUCACUUCGUAGAUAGAUAGCUUGUGAAUACACAUGCUCACUGUUAUCCCAGCGUGUUUGGUGCAUAAAAAUGCUGCCCAAUGGUACAUUCAUCCCUAGAUGCUCUAAGUGUUGCUGUUAAUAACAAAUAAGGAAUUGGCUGAUCACUACAACGCAGCUUCAACUUUUCCAGGAGCCUUUGAAGUGUCACGCCUGCCUCCUGAUGCCCAGGUGGGACAUACUGCUGCCUUGCUGAGGUUAGUAACUCUCUCAUCAAGAUGAAAAUCUGAAAGGGAGGAAGUUAUCAGUUACAAUGGGCUCGAAGAACUGUUCCCUUUCCCAUGAACAAUGUUGCUAUUUUAUCUAGAUGCAUAUACACAUCCCAGGAUCCUGGAUUUUUUCAUAUAUUUGGGGAACUUCCGGAUGCCCAGAUUCUUAGCAAAGGUACUUUGAGGUAAUCUCCAUUCUGCAGUGACAGAAUUAAGGAGGGGGCACUCUGACCAAGGCAGGAUAAGCCCCUUUAAAUGCAACGAGCACACAAGAGCAGCUCUGUUCAACUCCAGGAUGUCUGAGUUACAUCUCCAUCACCACCGUAACCCUGAAAGGAAAAGCUUUACUUAGAAUAAUUCCACAAAGAUCCAUAUUCAGAAAAAAAGCAAAUGAUUGCAAAAAUGAACGUAGAUGGAAAUUGCACAAUGGCCAAUUAUAACCAGCUUUUUCUACUUUUUUCACCUGAAAGAACCAAGACAAAGCACUUUCACCUCUUUUCUUCCUUACCUGGGCCUGAAGUGGCCUUUUACUCUUUGAUAAAAUUUUAAAUCUCUCCAAAACAAAGAUUAUUCAAAGGAACAAGAGAAGAACCUGACCUAUUCCAGGAUGGAAAGAAAACAAACAAACAAAGAGGAGUAUCCUAAGCCUGGUAAAAUCACCUGUUACAUUUUCAAGCUUUGGCUUCAGUAAUGUGAGGCAGACAUUCAUGGCUGUUCUUCUGAGUACUUUCACUCCCAAACCCAAGGAUUUCUUUUUUAACAAACAAGUUCUCUGCUGCUCUAAUUACAGUGAUUCCAUUUGUCCCUUCUAGCAGGGCAACACAAUGACACUAAUCUAAGGAAUGAAAAAGAAUAAAAGACAACUUAGGGCAGAUGUUUUGCCUUAUGUGCAAGAACAGGCUACAGAAAGUAUAUGUAGUAAUUUGUAGUAUUUGCUUUCUGGAGAAGAAAUCCAUUCUCUGUCUUACUAAUCCAUGUGCAGUUAACCAUAAUUCAGCUGUCACAGAUUAAUCAGUGAAUGAGGUAUUUAUUCUACACCCCCUUUGUGACUUAGCCCUGUCAUAACUUCUCGUGGUAAAUUUGGACAUCCUGUCAUGCUCCUGGAGUUUCUGGGGUGGUUACAACAUCAGAAGACCAGGGUGUUUGGGACUGCAGACACAGUGCCUGCUCUCAUGCAGCACACACCAGCUUCAGAGGCUGUGAAGCUCUCUGAAAUGAAGCCAACGAACCCAAGAAUUACAGCACAGAACACUUACAGAACCCACUUGGCUGUGAUUUUGCCUCCUGUCUGCAGCUGUCAGCGUCGCUUUGGAUGUCGCAUACCUUUAAAUCUUACAUUUUUCGUUGUAAGUCUAUUAUGAGCUGGAUUCCUUUUGCUAAUGAAUAGUCAGAAAAGUGACUGAAAUUUCAGUUCUGCAUGAUAAAAGAAUACAUGUUUGUUUGUUCCCUCCAGUCUGCUUUUGUCUGGCAAGAACAAAUCCUGUGUCCUUAGAAAAAAACCUUAUUUUCACAUUCACAAAUAUCCUCUCUGCACUGUUAAGACAGGAGAUGUGGUUCAAUACAACCACAUACAACUACUGCUGGUAUGCCACUAGCCUCAUUUUUUUCUUUUUCUCUGCAAUCUCAGUAGUAAUUCCUUCACCACGUUUUUCACCAGCAAGAAGCACCCAGGCGCUGGCACAGCUCCCCUUCUGCCGGCCUGCCACCACGCGGCAGUGUUGCAAAAAGACACGGGCAGCAAAAGACAGCAGGCAGCCUCAGGUUUACAGGAAACACUGCAGAAAACCUUCCUGCUUUCGUGAACUAAGGAUUAAAGGAAGUUGACUUGAGAGACUCUAAACAAGGUCCCCGCUUAGUUUCUGAAAUAAAAAAUGCCUGAAAGAAGAGAAAGGAAGAGAAGUGUGCUUCUGGAGAACGGCGCUUCCACAGCAGUUGCAGGUCUACGCAAUCAAAAGUGAACCUCAGUAAGGAGCACAUGUUACUGUGAGAAAAACAUGUCAGCAGUGCUUGGCCUUUCCAUCUUUCCUCUGUAUCACUGGGUGAUGGUUCUAGAAACUGAGUAUUUAAAUAAUAAAGGUUCUUAUACUUUGUAAAAGUAGUUUUGGAUGCGUUUUGUGCUGGCAUGGUUUUAUCUUUGUAUUUCUACUUUGUAAUUUCUUCAUUUUUUUUUGGCAAAUAAAGGACUUCUGAAAUGAG